GCAAGUGCAACAUCCGCGAAGCUCCCCGCGCGCGCGAGCCCAACCACCCGCGUAUAUGUGCACCCGCCCCCACACAGCGACGUCGCCUAGCUGCUGCACGAGCGGAUGAGCCGAUAAUAAUAGACGAGCGCGCGGGCGGCAAAUCGAUCGGCAUCCUAGGAUUCUUGGCAUGGCGAUGGGGAGGAAGAACAAGGCGGCGGAGGGUGCGAGGUGCCGGCGGCACCGGCAGCGUGGCGGCGGCGGCGGCGGCGGCGGCGCGGGGGUCUGCGCGCCCUGCCUGCGGGAGCGCCUGUCCCACCUGAUGUCCGCCUCGGCGUCGGCGUCGGCGUCGCUGCCGUCCGUCGUGCGCGGCGAGGAGGAGGAGGCGUCGUCCUGCUGCUCGUCGUCGAGUGAGGCGUCCAGCGACGCUUCGUCGUCGGCCGCGUCAGGGUCCAGCAGCCCGUGGGCGGCGCGGUUCCACCGGGAGAUGGUGGCGGCCGGCGGCCGCGGCGGCGGGAGGCUGUCGCUUCUGAUGAGGAACGAGCGGGUGUUGCUGGACAGCGACGAGGUGGCGAGCGUGGUGAGGCGGAUGCGGGAGAGGCGGCGGCAGGCGAGGAGCUUCUGGGCGAAGCUGCUGCACGCGACGGUGGGCGGAGGCGGAGGCAAGAAGGAGGGGUGCUCGAUGGCGCACUCCAAGACGCUGGACCAGGAGAGGAGCACCACGGCGGCGGCCAAGUGGAUCCUUUUCUGAGGCCGUGCAAAUGCAUAUGCAUGCAUGCAGCGAAGCGAUGAUGUCAAGAUGAUGAGAUCGUCAGCGUGCGUCGCUGUAAAUUCUUCUUGGCUUUCUAGUUUGGUUGGAACUUGGAAAAGUAGAUUUGUUGAUGCGGUUUUCUCUUUGGUUGUUUUGGUUCAUUUCUUUGUUUGAUUUUGGUCUAUCCUGUACAGGCCGGUUUGAAGCAAAAUGACAGUGAUCGACAUUCUUUGGUUAGCUCUUGCUGCUGUGUAUAGCAAAAAAAUGUUUCUGAAUAUUGUGGCUAUUUGUUAACCUGCUUAUACAUACGACUGUUACGCCUGCA